AUUUAAAAAAAGAAUCAAAUUUCUAACUUCUAGCUUCUUUGCACUGGUAAUGCUGAAAGCUCAGAUAGGUGGGUGUGGGUGAACACGAGAGAGCAGAUGAGCUAGAGGAAGUUAGUCUUCCGCUUCCAUCACUGGUGGAUCUGACACUUUUCGUCUCUUCAGCGACCGACUAAUCAAUCAUGAAGAAAACGUAAAAGGAAGAUGUCCAAAUUGUCAAGUGAAGCCCAGGGAAACCCAAGUGAAGAGGACAGUUCUGCAUCUGAUGCAGGGUCAGAGGUCAGUCUAGAACCAGAGACGGACCGUUUUGGCUUCAUUCUGACAAAUGGAUCCACAGCUGGGAGUGUGGGUCCGUCCCCUGAGCUGGUCAGGCAGAGGGAGGCCAAAUGGAUAAACAUCAUCGGGCAGUGGAACCGCAUCUUGUUGAGGAAGAGCAGUACGGUCAAGCUGCAGUGUCAGAAAGGAAUCCCUGCCUCGCUCCGAGCAAAGUGCUGGCCUCUGCUGUGUGGAGCCACUGGUCGGAUGAGACAAAAUACAAUCCUUUAUGAGACUCUAGACUCACAGCCAGGCAUGCAGAGUUGGGUGGAUAUAAUUGAAAGAGAUUUGGACCGUCAGUUCCCUUUUCAUGAGAUGUUCCUCUCUAAGGAUGGACACGGGCAGCGGGGCUUGUUCCGUGUGCUGAAGGCCUACACUCAGUUCCAGCCGGAGGAGGGCUACUGCCAGGCUCAGGGCCCAGUGGCGGCGGUGCUCCUCAUGAACAUGCCUGCUGAGGAAGCCUUCUGGUGUUUAGUUCAGAUCAGUGAACAGUUCCUACCUGGAUACUACAGCCCUCUGCUGGAGGGAGUCCUGUUCGAUGCUGCCAUCCUCACCUGGGUCCUGAAAAAGACCUGCCCAGCUGCACACAAACAUCUGCAGCAGCACGGCGUGGAGCCGCUGAUGUUUGCCACUGACUGGCUGAUGUGUCUGUUCACACGCCACCUGCCCUUCAACACGCUGCUGCGGGUCUGGGACCUCUUCUUCUGCUACGGUGUGCGUGUGCUGCUCCAGGUGGCGGUGGUGUUGGUCCGGCGGGUCCUGGGUCGGACUGAGCAAAGGAAGCAGUGUCAGGGACAGAUGGAGACACUGGAGAGGCUGAGGGGAGUCAAGGAGCAGGUCCAAGAUGAGGACGAUGCUUUCAUAGCUGAGGUGUGUUCAGUACCACUCUCUAAAAAAGACCUGGAGAGACGGACGGAGAAGGAGCUGCAAAAGUGGAGGAAGGACAAACCCACUUCCACCUUUGACCCCCGGGGUCGCUGCCAUAGUUACCGGAUGGUAUGGGUGAGAGCUCGGCACGACGAAGAGGAACGGGAGAAGAAAGAGAGAGAAAGGGGGAACUUGUCGGUCCCUCUCGCCCGUUCCGCCUCCACUCUUUCACUGUCACCUUCUCUCCUUCACAAGAGGUGGAAAAAAGGAGGAAAAAUCAAAAAUGGUGACUCUAAAAAAAGCAGGAAAGUUGUGAGGCAUCUCUCCAUGGGUGCAAAGGAGGACUGGAUAAGCUGGGCUGACUUAGAUUUUAGGAAGGAGCAGGAUGUCCAGGAGGAGGAGGAUGUCCAGGAGGGACACAAAACAAAAGACGAGUUCAGGCUAACAGAAGACAAAAAACCAGAGGAACAUUUAGAUGAACCUAAAGCUAAAAAUACACCAACAGAACACAAAGAGAUGACGGUGGUAGUGAAAGAAAGUAUGGAAACACAGGAAGGAAACGCAUCUAUAAAGGAGGAAGAACAACUUAAAGAGGAGUCAGACAGCAGAACAGGACAGAGAGAGGACAGUCCAGCCAACCACCAGACUGAUGAAAGCACUCUCCAACUACCAGAAGCUUCAUCAAACUGUGAGCAGGAAGAAAAACUGGAGGACCAAUCACAAACUCUGGAGGAGCAAAGCCACGUCCAGGACAAUGAGGCGACAGAUGCGAACAGAGGGACAGAAAGUCCUAAGCAUGCAUGUGUGGUGGAGGAUAACAGUGCUGAAGGGGCGGAGCUGCGGGACUCUAGAGAAGAGCCAGAGGAGGGCGCAGAACCUGAAAAUACAGCAGGAGCAAGAACGGACACAGUCAAAGAGGUCCCUGAGCCAGGAAGUGAGACACCUUUGGUCCCAGAACAAGAGCCUAAGGAAGAUGUUCAGCAGGACCAGGAACAAGUCAUCACAGAGACUAAAGUGGAAAAAUACCAAAGCGCUGAGUCCUUAUUAGAAACAGAAAACGAAGAGUCCCACACCCAGACAGAGACGGAUGUAGAAAAUGUUGCUGUGCAGGAUGAAAUUACACAAACAGAUCCAGAAUGCACAGAGACAGAAGAAACGUCUUUACCCGAGUGUGUCCAACUAAACAGGGACACUGAUAUCAUCACCGAUACUCCAGCUGGAGCUGAAGAGGCAGCAGCCCCCGAACCGGAGCAGGAAGCAGGUGGAGCAGAUGCAUCGGGACCUACAGAGACAUGCAGCGAGUACAGGAGACUAGAUCAGAUAAAUGCAGAUGACACUCAAACAACAGUCCAUACAAAUGAGGAGACUGAUGCGUGUGUCUUACCUGGAGAAAAGGAGGAAACAGCACAGGAGGAGGUGCUGAAGGACAUCCCAGAACUGGGUCAGAGUUCAGAACAAACACCUGAACACUCAGAGAGUCAGGUCCCUACAGUGGUUGGAAGCACAGGACAUGUUGCAGAAGACACACAAGGAGAGGACAUUUUCACCUCCGUUGAGGAGGAACCGGUUACUGACAGCAGCACGAUCACCCAGGUGCCAGAGUCUCAGAGGACAAAAGCCGAACACAACCACCAGCAACAAACCUCUGGGCGUCGCAGCAGCCGUUCUUCUGCCGAUUUCUGUGUUCGCAAGUCAUCCAGCUCCAAGUUCACACGAAGACUUUCUGAGGAUUUGUUCAUCAGUCCUGAGAAAUUAGGCCAGCUUGCUCCUAAUCACCCUGUGGAACAGCCCAAAGAGGUGGACACAAGCCAAACCUGUCCCAAAGGGACAGUAGAUGUCCCAACGCAACAGGACUCCUCCAAACGCUUCGGUCUCUUCCGCAAACUCAAAGGAGAUCAGCCCCGGACAGCCAAGGAGAAGAAGAAACCCAAAAUGCAAAUCCCCAAAAUCCUGAUUCAGGACUUCGGUGACGUGGUCGGGACAGAGAAGCCGGCUGAGGAGGGAGCGGAGGAGAAACUGAGCUCCAGGGAGAGGAGGAGGAGACGGAGGGAGCAGGAGAGAAUAGAGAAGGAGGAGAAGGUAAAGAAGAAGAAAGAGAAGGAGUUGGAGAGGGAGAGGAGGAAGCCCCAAAGCAGAGUGAAAAGUUUUCAGGAGCAGAAGAAGAAAGCUGGUGACGAUGGAGCUCAUCCUGCAAAGAUGGAGCCACAGACUCGUAGAUUUUCUGCUGCUUAUGAUCAAUCUUAUUUUUAACAAAAACAAAAUAAUCUGAUGUCUGGUUUUGUCUGAG